AUGCUGCGUGUUCGUUCAGUGUCUGGGGACGUUCUUGUCACGAUCGAGCUGGCGAGCUUCCUGAACACGCUUGCUGCAGAGAGCCAUCCCGUCCGGGCACUGAAGCAACACUUGUGCAAGUUCUGCGGGCAGCCAAGAUUCAGGCAGCGGCUGGUAGUGUUGGAAGAUGGCAUCGCAUUGAAUGACAAUGACGAGCACAUCUUGAAAGCAGGCGAUGUCCAGCUCGUGCUUUUGAAAUUGAGUUUAGCAUCCGUUGUGCAGACAGAAGAGCUUCGGCGUGCUGCGGAAAGAGGUCUGAUAUCGGUCGUGGAGACGAUUCUGCAACAGCCACAAGACCCAGAUUUGGGCGAUCCAGCCCCAUUGCUCAUCGCAUCCCAGCACGGCCACUUGGAGGUGGCAUGCCUGUUGCUGGAGGCCCGGGCUGACAAGGACAAGGCGAAUAAUAUUGGCGCCAGCCCCUUGGUCAUUGCUGCUGCGAAUGGGCAUUUGGAGGUUGCACGUUGUUUGCUGGAGGCCAGCGCAGACAAGGAGAAGGCUACGGAUGUUGGCGCCACCCCAUUGUUCAUGGCGGCUCAAAAUGGGCAUUUGGAGGUUGCACUCCUGCUGCUGGACGCCAACGCAGACAAGGACAAGGCCAUGAAUAGUGGCGCCACUCCGUUGUUCAUGGCAGCUCAGAAGGGAGAAUUACAGGUUGCACGUUGUUUGCUGGCGGCCAAAGCCGACAAGGACAAAGCCACGGCUCGUGGCGCUACCCCUUUGUUCAUCGCAGCUCAAAAGGGAGAAUUACCGGUUGCACGUUGUUUGCUGGAGGUCAACGCAGACAAGGACAAGGCCAGGAAUGAUGGCGCCACUCCGUUGUUCAUGGCAGCUCAGAAUGCCCAAUUGGAGGUUGCACGUUGCUUGCUGGAGGCCAACGCAGACAAGGAGAAGGCCAUGAAUAGUGGCGCCACCCCUUUGUUCGUGGCGGCUCAGAAGGGAGAAUUACAGGUUGCACGUUGUUUGCUGGCGGCCAAAGCCGACAAGGACAAAGCCACGGCUAGUGGCGCUACCCCUUUGUUCAUCGCAGCUCAGAAGGGAGAAUUACCGGUUGCACGUUGUUUGCUGGAGGUCAACGCAGACAAGGACAAGGCCGUGAAUGAUGGCGCCACCCCUUUGUUCGUGGCGGCUCAGAAUGCCCAAUUGGAGGUUGCACGCUUUUUGCUGGAGGCCAAUGCAGACAAGGACAAGGCCAUGAACAGUGGCGCCACCCCUUUGUUCGUGGCGGCUCAGAAGGGCGAAUUACAGGUUGCACGUUGUUUGCUGGCGGCCAAAGCCGACAAGGACAAAGCCACGGCUAGUGGCGCUACCCCUUUGUUCAUCGCAGCUCAGAAGGGACAAUUACCGGUUGCACGUUGUUUGCUGGAGGUCAACGCAGACAAGGACAAGGCCGUGAAUGAUGGCGCCACCCCUUUGUUCGUGGCGGCUCAGAAUGCCCAAUUGGAGGUUGCACGCCUUUUGCUGGAGGCCAAUGCAGACAAGGACAAGGCCAUGAAUGAUGGUGCCACCCCUUUGUUCGUGGCGGCUCAGAAUGCACAGUUGGAGGUUGCACGCCUUUUAUUAGAGGCCAACGCAGACAAGGACAAGGCCAGGAAUGAUGGCGCCACUCCGUUGUUCAUGGCAGCUCAGAAGGGAGAAUUACAGGUUGCACGUUGUUUGCUGGCGGCCAAAGCCGACAAGGACAAAGCCGCGGCUAGCGGCGCUACCCCUUUGUUCAUCGCAGCUCAGAAGGGACAAUUACAGGUUGCACAUUGUUUGCUGGAGGCCAGGGCAGACAAGGACAAGGCCAUGUACCACGGCGCCACCACCGGGGCGUGUGGAAGUCGCACGCCUUUUCUUGGAGUCCAAGGCGGGCAAGAACAAUGUAACAAACAAAGGCGAAACCCCCUUGUUCGUUGCCACCCAGGAAGGACACUUGGAGGUUGCGCAAGUGUUGCGAUGUUGCUCACCUCUUGCUGGAUGCUAGUGCGCAAAGGGCAAAGCCAUAAUCAAUUCCCCCGCCGGGGCCCACUGGGUGCAAUGCACAGGCAAAGCCUUUGGAGGGUGUGCACAGAUGGCAGCAGGCCGACAUGGACCGACCUCUCACCCUAA